AACAAACAAACAGAAGGGUACCGUCUCAUUCGCAUUCACAUUCUAUCGUGAGGGAGCCAGAAAACUGAAAGACCUACCCGACCUCAGCGAGCCUCCCUGAGCCUGAGCCUGAGCCUGAGCCUGAGGUGAGAGACUCUUUGAGCGAGUGAGGCUGUGAAUCCAAAUCGGACGAUCCGCCUUUCUCUCGGAUCCGAUAAUUCAGAGAGAGAGAGAGAGAGAGAGAGAGAUGUUUCUAUUCGACUGGUUCUAUGGUGUGUUGGCGUCGUUGGGUCUGUGGCAGAAGGAGGCAAAGAUCUUGUUCCUAGGACUCGAUAAUGCCGGCAAGACUACCUUGCUCCAUAUGUUGAAAGACGAGAGAUUAGUACAGCACCAGCCAACACAAUACCCUACAUCGGAGGAGUUGAGUAUUGGGAAAAUUAAGUUCAAAGCAUUUGAUUUGGGAGGUCAUCAGAUUGCUCGCAGAGUCUGGAAGGACUACUAUGCCAAGGUUGAUGCUGUGGUGUACCUUGUGGAUGCAUAUGACAAGGAGAGGUUUGCAGAAUCAAAAAAGGAAUUGGAUGCUCUCCUUUCUGAUGAGGCCCUUGCUAACGUCCCUUUCCUUAUUUUGGGAAACAAGAUUGAUAUCCCAUAUGCUGCCUCCGAGGAUGAGUUGCGAUUCCACCUUGGCCUGACCAACUUCACUACUGGAAAGGGGAAGGUAAACCUAGCAGACUCAAAUGUCCGACCAUUAGAGGUAUUCAUGUGCAGCAUUGUACGGAAAAUGGGGUAUGGUGAUGGUUUCAAGUGGCUUUCUCAGUACAUCAAAUAGAGUAAUGGUCAGCAAGAUCCCCCCCCUGAACCUGGAAAUCCCUCCAAACCACACCCCACGCUACCCAAAAAAUGUAUCAAUUCCUGUUUGUUUCAGCCCCAAACUGGCUUUAAAUUGGAUGUAUUAUGUUUGGAUCUGUGUGGAAGGAGGUUUUAAUGUCAAUGUUCUGUAAGUUUACUUGUGGCAGCAAAUCUUUCUUGGCACUCUAGUUUGUUAUUUAGCUUUGCCAUCUGCUAUAUGUUUGUUGCGAUAGUCAUAAGGUAGGAUACUGCAUUUGUUAUUAUAUUUUGUAUUUGGAAUGAUGUAUUGAUACGUUUGAAAAAAAAUUGACUUCAUCUUCGUUAUUUCUA